AUGGAACAAUCACAGGACGAUACCGGAUUUGACCUGUCCUCCGCGACCGAGCGACAGCAGGAAUCUCAAAUGGGUGUCCUGAUGAAAUUUAUGGUGCAGCAGAUGCGUGCAGCUGAGGCUCGUGAUAAGGCGAUGCAAGAUCUGUUCAAGAAUGUUCAGAGCAGGUCGCUAUCACCAUCGCAGCCUCAGUUCACUCCCCAGCCCUCAGCACCAGCUCAGUCCACCUCGCAGACCUCAGCACCACGGCCAGUGAACAGUGUUUCCUGCCCACACUUAUUGUCGUCUGCGACGCUGGCUGAUUUUCACUCCUUCGUUGAAAGCUGGAGAGAUUUUAGUGUUUGCCAGCAUUUGGCCAGCCAGGCUCGUGAGGCCAGAGUGGCAACACUACGUCAGUGUUUCGAUGAGGAGCUGCGACGUUUUAUCCAAGAGGAUAUUAUUUGCAUACCAGCUUCAGCUGACGUCGACCUGAUGCUGGAGCGCAUUCAGGCGUAUAUCAGACGGCAACGUAAUCCACUGUUGGACCGCAUAGAGUUUUACCAGCGUGUCCAGCAAGCUGGAGAAUCAUUUGAUGCGUUUUACACAGCCCUGUGUGAACUACAAAGUGCAUGCGACUUCUUGUCACACAGCCUAUGUGGAACGUGUGAUGCUCGCUGCUGUGCGCAGUGCAAACGCCUCGGCCGUACCCUCAAGGAGGAAUCUCUGCGCGACCGCGUCGUAAUUGGUGUGCGGAACGAUGAGACGCGACACAAGUUGCUCGCAACUCAUGGUCUCACGCUCGACCAGGCUGUCACCCUCUGUCGGACGGAGGAAGCAGCAUACCACACCAAGGCAAACAUGCCUAGUCCUGGCCUCCAGGCAAGUGCUGCCAAGCAGUCGGCGUACAAGCAGCAGAAAUGUCACAAGCCAGCUGACUCUAAGCCAAGUGAGACAUCAAGUGCGACCAAGUCCACUUGUCCGAAUUGUGGUCGCUCUGACCACACGAAAUCUGUAUGUCCUGCCAAGGGCAAGAAGUGCAACUCCUGUCAUGGCAUUGGGCAUUUUCAGCGAAUGUGCAAGCGCCAGAAACAGCCGAAGACUAGCUCUGCUGCCAAGCUUGGACAGCUGAAGCUACAGCGUGCGUCUCGCGUGGACCGUCGCACAGUACCUGUUUCGACCAUGCUGCAAACAGAGGAUCAGCCAUCCCAACUGUCCUGGACACCAGACACAGGCAGUGACGUUGAUGCCAUUGGCGAGGAGCACCUCAAGCAGAUCGGUGGGUUCGUCGAGAACUUAGAUGACGACCACGACUGUGUGCAGGCUGUGACCGGUGAGCCGCUACGCAACCUGGGCAAGAUACGUGCGACUCUACGAGUCGGUGAGACGCAGCAUGAAACCGUCAUCCAUGUGUACAAGGGUCUACACGAUGCCCUGCUGUCUCAUACCUCAUUGCGUGCACUGAAGUUUCUCCCACCUGAUUGGCCAGUCCAAUUCACCGCUGAACACGAGGGUGCAUCUUCACCCAAGAUCUGUGCAGCUGUUUCGUCAUGCGCUCAUCCUAGUGAUGCUGAGUUAGCGCGGACACGUGAGCAGCUCCUGCAAGAGUUCGCUGACGUUUUCUCGGAUUCCGGUCUGAAGCCAAUGGAAGGUCCGCCAAUGGAAAUUGAGCUACAGCAUGAUUCUAAGCCUUCCUGUGUGCACACUGCUCGACCAAUACCGUAUGCAUUCCGGGACCAGAUCAAGACUCAGCUCGACGGCAUGGUCAGCGACGGGAUUAUUGAACCAGUGACGGAGCCCAGUGAAUGGUGCCAUCCGAUUGUCAUAGUAGACAAGAAGGGCAGCACUGAGAAGCGCCUCACAGUUGACUUCAAGCGGCUGAACGACCAAGUCCGUCGUCCCGCGCAUCCCGUACAUACGGCAUGUGACGUUGUCUCUGGAGUUGGCUCUGCUAAGUUCUUUACGAAGCUCGAUGCAAGGCACGGCUACUGGCAGAUUCCUCUCAGUGACACUGCUCAGGAAUUCACCACGUUUAUCACCCCGUACGGCAGAUAUCGUUAUCUACGGAACCCGCAGGGUCUAAUAUCUGCUGGGGAUGAGUUCAACCGGCGCACUGAUGCUGCGUUCUCUGCCAUCCCGCGUCUCGGCAAGGUAGUCGAUGAUUGCCUAGCGUACGACGACGACUUUCUGUCGCAUGUCAGCCACGUGCGCGAGAUUCUGCUCUGCGCCAGGGAGCAUGGUAUCACGUUCAGCCCCGCCAAGUUUGUGUUCGGUACGCAACGUGUCCAUUUCUGCGGCUACAACGUCACACCUGAUGGCUGGGUCGUCGACGAUGAUAAGACGUCCGGUAUUCGCCAGUUUCCAGUACCCGCCAACAGAACCGAUCUCCGUUCGUUCCUCGGUCUAGUGAACCAAUGUGGUGAGUUCACUCCACAUCUAGCCGAGUUGACCAAUCCUCUGCGUGGCCUGCUCAAGACCUCCCGUGAGUUCAUGUGGGACGCUAGCCACACUGCAGCGUUUGAACGGACACAGGAAGCUCUCUUGUCUCCUCCGGUACUCGCUUUCUAUCAAGUUGGUCAAGACCUCCGGCUUGAAACCGAUGCAUCCGCUCUAAGAGGUCUCGGAUUCGUGCUUUGGCAAAAGCAGAAUGAUCAGUGGCGUAUUAUUCAGUGUGGAUCCCGCUACCUGUCUGAUGCUGAAACACGUUAUGCUGUCAUCGAGUUGGAAAUGCUCGCUGUAGUAUGGGCCGUGCGCAAAUGCCGCAUCUACCUGUCUGGUGCGCCAUUUGAAGUCGUCACCGACUGUUGUCCUGAAGACUGA